GUGAGAAAUUGGGAAGUACAGCGCUGAAACCCCAACCCUACUUUCCUUUCUUCUUUCCCUUUCUUUCACAAAGGCAGUACAAAUUGCAGGAAUACUCUUUCCCUUUCUUCUCUCUGUGCAUUCUCCUCUCUCUCUCUCUCUCUCUAACCACCAACUGAAAACUGACCCUUUUUCACUCUAUCCAACAACAGAAACCAUCUCGCUUUCUCCUUCUCUCUCUCUCUCAUCACACACUCUCUCUCUCUCAUCACACUCUCUCCUACCUUUUUUUUCAUUUUUCCACCUGUACUCUCUCUCUCUCUCUCCCUAUGCGAGCUUAGCGUUAUCAGGGAAGCUUAUAGAUGGGUAAGUACACGAGGAAGUCAAGAACAGUAGCCGAGGUCGCUCUCAUGGAGGUCUCUCAGUCUAUUGGCGUCCGAACCCGAGCCAAAACCCUAGCUUUGCAGAGACUCCAGAAAUCGGCUCCCGCGGCGGCGGUUUCCGGCGGUUCCUAUCUCCAGCUCCGAAGUAGACGACUCCAGAAGUCUACAGUUAUGGUGACCAGUGACGAUUCGAAGAGACAGAAGCACAAAGAAAGCUGUGCGCCAAAUCCUAAUUCAAGUGCAAGUUCGAGGGUGAGGGUUGGUUCUGUCAAUUCUGGGUCUGUUGGUCGUUUGGUGGGGGAAGAGAAAGAAAUUCAGGAAGACAACGCUGUUGAUUUGGGAAUUGAAGCUUCCUUUGGAGAGAAUGUCUUGGAUUUUGAAGGCAGAGAGAGGAGCACCAGGGAAACCACACCAUGCAGUUUAAUUAGAGAUACAGACACCAUCAGAACCCCUGGUUCUACAACUAGGUCUACCAGGUCAACUGAGGCCAAAGGUAGAAGACAAAAUUCAGUUCGAAGACACAUCCCAACGAAAAACGAAAUGGACGAGUUCUUUUCCGGUGCAGAAGAAGAGCAGAAAAAACAAUUUAUUGAGAAGUACAAUUUUGAUCCCUUGAAUGAGGAGCCCCUCCCUGGACAAUACGAAUGGGUGAAAUUGGAUCCUUAGAAGGUGUUAUUGUUCCGUCAGGACAACUUUUCCUGCAGAUUCUCUAUUGACCUUAUUCUUAGGAUAGUUGGAAACAGUAGCAGGAAUUGUUUUAGUUUUUAUGGUGAUGGUGUUAUUUCCAUUUUCCAUCACCUUUCUGUCAAGUGUAAAGAAAGAAGUAGGGCUGUCAAAGAUUUAAAGUGCAGACUAAUAAUCUGUAUCAUAACAGGAGCUAGCGAGUUACAUAACAAAUGCAACAAGGCCCUUUGUUAACUAUUAGAUCAUCAGAAGGGAAGGGAAAGAAGGUGAUAGGGGUAGGCCCAUUAGGGUUCAAUAAAUUAGGUUUAGUUUAGUGGUACAGGAAUUUACUAGAUUUUGUUUUUUUCUGCACCCUCUAUAUUUCCUUCCCUUUGUUGUCUAUACUUGGUAGUGAUGGAACUUUUAAAGGAGCCUUGAAAUAAAAUGACCAUUUUAACUUCUUCAUUUUUUCAUCA